AUGGCGCCACCGACAUCUCGCGAUAUGGCCCUAGCGGUCUUGAUCCCAUUACCAUUCGACAUCGUAUCGACCAUCUUACGGUUCUGGAUCCGUUACAAAAGGAAAGCAUGGGGACCAGAUGACUGGGCUAUGUUGAUCAACUUGCCGUUCUGGUCGGUGAGUACCAUAGCCACAAUCGCUAUGGCUUGGAGUGGCGUUGGUCAGUACGAUGGCUCGUUGAGCGAGUAUCAAUACUCUAAUUCUUUAAUGUGGUUCUACAUUUUCCAAGAGCCGUGGUGCUUCACUCUCAUCGCGAUCAAGUGCAGCAUCGGAUUUGCCUUGAUUCGAAUCGCAAGCGGCAAGAAAUGGAUCGAGAUGGUCAUCUACAUAUGCAUGUUGUCUUGUGCGAUCGUCAUGGGCGGGACGGGAAUGUACCUCUUCUUCCAAUGCUCGCCCGUACAGAAGAACUGGUAUGUUAAUAUGCCAGGGGCGUGUAAAGAGCGCACUAUUCAGACGGCACUUUCGUACGCCGUCGCCGUGGUGUCGAUAUCAACGGACUGGAUCUUUGCGACCCUGCCCAUAUUCCUGCUUUGGGAUGUACAGCUAGACUGGCGAGUCAAAAGCUCCGUGAUAGCCAUGCUUGGUCUAGGAGUCUUCGCCUCAAUUGCUCCAAUCGUGCGUCUUAAGUUCCUCAUCGGCUUAAACGAUCCGAACAGGCUUCUACAGAAUCUCGGCGAGAUCCUCGCCUGGGCUUGCGCUGAGAUGAAUGUCGGCAUGUUUGUCGCCAAUCUGCCCGCCUGCCGUCCCAUACUCACCAAUCUCAUCUCGCACUUUUCGUCUUCGUUCCGAAGCCGGUCUGGACCUUCACACAAUUAUGGCUCAUCGAAGAAGCCAUAUGCACGUGGCUCACUGCGUGGUGGCGAUCCCGCAUCGAAACACUGGAUGGAGCUUGACGAGCGACCAGAGAGCACUGGACUGAACAACCAUCUGGGUAACAAAUCCAAGGAUGUGGGUGUCGAGACGAAAAUCUAUGGUGACUUGGAUGAAAUCAGCAAUAUAAGCUCUGAACGUGAUGAUGGAAGCCAGAAGCGUAUUGUUAACAAGCGACCAAGUGGCGAUGGCAUUCAGGUUAACGUUCAGAAAGACUUCAAAGUCGAGAUCACUAGCGGGAAGCAGUUACCACCGUUGCCUAGGCUGCCGUCGGAACCAGUCUGA